GUCAAGGUAUCAGGUUUCACUUUUAUAUGCAGUGUUUUGAUGCGGUUGACGAAAAAUGUCAGAAGAAACAUUUAAAGGCGUUGUCAAAAGAAUUCAUUCGUAGACGUAUUGCUUCCAGGUCAGUACGAGUCGAAAUGGAGUCCCUCACCCCAUCACCGCAGGCACAUUGCUAACCCCACCACUAACCAACUCGGGUCCGCCACGUCCUUGCCGGGCAUAAACACAACAACCCCAGCUGCGACUUACUGGAUCUUCUAUGACACACCCGAUUUAUGCCCGACUAGAUUCGGUGGGAUCGCCUUUGUUUGAACUCCCAUAUAUGUUUUAUUUGGGCCUGUUCUUUGUGAACGUCCUGAUCCUCUACUAUGCCUUUCUGAUGGAGUACAUUGUCCUGAAUGUGGGGAUAGUAUUUCUACCUGAGGACAUGGACCAGGCGUUGGUGGACCUUGGGGUGCUGUCCGAUUCGGCUUCUGUCCCCUAUGACACGGACACGGAACUAGAUGUGUUUGAGGGGUACCUGGAGUAACAGGACGUUUCUGGAAGAAGAAGAAAUAGAGUUCAGAUGGUGGUGAUUCAGUUUGGGACCUUGGGAACAUCCCUUACUCAGUGAUGUGGGGGACGAUGAAGAUGCUGCCUUUGUCACACAGGGACAUAUUAGUGAAAAAGUUGUCUCGGCUCAAAAGAAGGUAGCCUGAGGAAAGCUGCAGCACCGCCAGCCAUAUGGUCAGCAAAUGUCCCAGGGGAAGAGCACUCCACACUGGAUCAGCUGUCAGUCUCUCUGUUGCUCUUGAAAGGCAAUCGACUCAGGAAACCAGGGGGUUAUCACAGCACUCUGUCCUCCCUCAUUACCCAACAGCAGCUUGUUGGUUACCAAAAGGGGAGCACAAAGGGUUGCAAGCGAGGAGAACUGGCCCUUCCAUAUGGAGAGUUAAUCAGAAGCGGAGCAUGUUUCAGGUUGUGUGCAUGGACAACAGUUAAACAGCCUGUGAGUGCACCGUGGCACGAAGGUAAAAACUAAGAGUGGUUUGGACUGGAUCACAACCAAACAAUCAUCCAAGUUGUGGAAGAUCUGGUAGUGGACUGCAGAAGGAAAUUACUCAAAGCUUCCCAACUUCACUUCCAGUGUGAUGUCCUACAUGUCUGUGACAGCUCAGAACUCAAAACUGUUAGGAAAAAAAAAAAAAAAGUCAAAUUAAUCUCUCUCACAAGAAUUUGUUUUAAGCGUCAUUGACAUUUUCAGAACACAUAAAGUAUUGCUGCUUCACUCGCUCACAUGUCAUCAAAAAUUAAUCUUUCCAUCUUUUUGAGGUGAAAUGUUACUGUAUGUCUGCUUCAGGGAUGAAAUCAAACUCUCAGGAGCACAGUUUGGAACUUGGGGCAUACUGGCAAAACGUAACACUGACACUGGACACAGGCUGUGAAACACGGAGAGCCCUAAACUUAUUGGGUACUCUCACAUAUCAGGAAGACCCUACCAACCACACCUUUUACUGUAACACAAAAUAUUUACUCAUCCACCACGUUAUUCCUUUAAAGCAGUAUGACUUUUGUCGCAAGUUUAUUCUCACUCUUAACAAAGAUGUUAGUAACCGGUGAGUUACGACAGCUGUGAUCAUCGCUGGACUAAUGUGUCAAAAUGUUCUCAAUGUGAGUAGCGUUAAAAGGCUGAACCUCAUUUUGAGAAAAAGUGCUACACAUAUUUACUCGUUCAUUUUUUUUUUGCCUAUGAAUUUGUUUUGAUAAUGUUAAAAUGGCUGUUAAACAAGUUUGACUUCUGUUUUGUAGAACUUCACAUUUAAAUUUCUAUUUCUUGGCAGCAAUAAUAAACAGGAUUUAAGCUAGGGGCAAUUAAACCAGAUCAUGAAUUAAAUAAUAAAUCAUCUGCUUCACCGUGACUGAAGAUUGUAAAGGGACUGAUUGUGUCUGAAAGUGCUUUAUGCAAUAUACAUUUAUGAUGAUCACUUACACCCUGGAUACUAAACCAAAAAGACAAUAGAAAGCGACAUGAAUAACCGAAAGUAUUAGAAGGGAAAGUGUUGAUACAUGCAUGUUUCAUACUCUCUUACCCCAUAUUUAUGUUACCCAUCAGUGUUUUGAAGGUUAGCCUCUGCCAGGCAGCCUUUACACCAACAUGGCUCUGCUGUAUUCAGUUCAGGUUGUUGAGAUGUCAUUUCGAACGACUCCGUGCCAACUCAGCUCAAAUGAUGCACUAGACUAAAUAUAGCCAGAUGCAGUUUUCACUACAAUGUUGUCUAAUAAAUGAAGAAGAAAAAGCCAUGGUCUGACUCAAAAAAAAAAACCUUUAGAAGGAGAAAAUAUUUGUUUCUACUAAUUCCACUCUUAUUUUUAUAGAGUCACCCAUAUUCUACUCUUGUGAAUAUGAUUUAUUAAUGAUUUUUGGGAGGAAGUUAAUUAUCAAUUCUGUCAGUAUGUUGAGUAUUUUUUGGCAGUUAGAGAAAAAAUUAUCCGAAAUAAGUUGUUGAUCACAGGACACUAAUAAUUCAUUAAAUAUAGGGAGAUGUUUGUAAGGAAUCACAAGUAAGGGCUUCUCUGUAAUGAACAGUAUGCAAAUAAUAUGUUCUCAAGAGGUAAAAUGUGUAACAGAACACUGUCAUGCUGAGGCUGAACGACAUUAUCAUGCUGAUUUUAAUCUAAUGGUCGAUGAUGACGAUAUUUUCCAAUGUAAGAGUCUACAUAACUCUACAUAUUGAGAAAUCAGCUGGAAGUCAUGCUGUCAGUUGGGGAUGAUUGUAGCUUUGGGCAAAAGUUUGGAACGUGAAACACUUUUUUUUUUUUGUCAUUUCCCAGGCACUAUAUAACAUUUAUCGUCAUCAACAAAGUCUUUACUCAGUGCUUGUGUCAUCCUUCCACAUCUGCUUCUUCGCAGACAUGCACAUGCUGUAAUAAGCUACGGAUGGUAACAGAGGUUUAUUUUCCAAUGUGUAUUUAAUAAACUAUGAGCGAA